UCCUCGCAACAUAUUAAUCAACCCGACAUCCGAUCGAAAGCAACCUAUAAUAUCAGGGGUUCUCGACUGGGAUAGCGCUGUUUUCGUCCCGGUUCUCACAAUAAAUUCUACGCCUUUUCUUCUACCGUCGCCAGCCGCCACUUACUUAUUUUCUAAUAACCAACUAUUAUAUUAUUCUUGAGAUGGAAGAUAGCAUAUACGUUCACUCUAGGUCAGACCAUAUGCGCCAUAGUCUAUCUCGAGACUCGAACAUGCCUGAAGACCGGCGAUCUGCUGUGUCUCCAGCUAGUUCUGGAUAUGCUCACGAUAUGGAACCUUUGAUCACCGAAGCAACAUCAACGGAGGAAAAUAGAACUUAUCCGGGUUUUCACAUGGGGAUGAUACUACGCCAAUUGAAAGGCCUUUUCGCUGCGAUGUUUCCACCGGUACAAAAUGCAAGCUUAUUAUUCGGACAUUUACAGGUAGAACCAAUAUUAAGCGCGGGCAGCAUCGGCUUAUAUUAUUUCUGCCUGAGACAACUCUGUGAGGUUUUUUUCACGGGGUCCAGGUCGCCAUUGGAGCUCGGUCAAGGCCAAGGGGUUCCUAGUUUGGGAAUGUAUCGCAAAAACGACGCCGUAAUUGCUAACUGGCAGAAUGUUUGCUACGCAACGUGGUGAAUAUUAUAUUUAAAGUGUCCUUUGAUUAAUAUGGCGCAUUAUGGAUCGGGA